AUGCAAUGGGAAGAGCCUAAUGUAAGUCUUUUUACUAAGCUCAAUAAAAUACUUCGAUCGGAACGACGUGAACCAUUGAAACCAUGGUUUCGGUACUUGAAACUGAUACUCACAGCUUUGUACAAACUUCCAUCAUUGAGAAUGACUGUCUGGCGGGGAGUUUGUGGCAACUUAAGUGAUCAAUACGAUGAAGAACACAUAUGGUGGGGAUUUAGUUCAUGUACUGAAAGUGUAGAAGUUAUGGAACAGUUUGUCGGCAAAUCUGGCAUACGAACCUUGUUUAAUAUUGAAUGUAUCAAUGGAAAAUCUAUUAAAGCACAUUCAUUUUUCAAAAAAGAGAAUGAAAUUCUUCUCUUGCCUGGUACCUACUUUCGUGUUGUAGGUAAAUGGAGUCCAUCCAAGGAUUUAUAUAUGAUUCAUAUGAGAGAAACACUUCCACCACGCCCAUAUUUGGAACCACCUUUUGAUACAACAUCAUCGGACGUACCGGUUUCUAAGAAGUCACAAUCUUCUAUUGAAGCACCAUCAGAAAAGGGUGUUAUAAGUUGGAAACAAAAAUCAUCGCAACCUGCCGCUACACGAUCCAGCAAGCCAAAAGAACAAGAAGAAUUUGCUUCACCUGACACUCACAAUAAACUUGAUUGUAAUGGUCGCGCUUGCACCAAGUGUCGUAAGUGUCGUGAAUGGCAAUUUACCGGUAACAAAGACACUUGGAAGUGGAUCCAAAAUUGCAAAAAUUGGAGCGAGAAGGAUGGGCAGCGUUGGAAUCAUGAACGUCUUUGGAACCAUUUUAGACGUCGUGAUGGUGCUACGUGUCAUUGGGAUCUUGCUUAUUAUUUUGUUUAUAAUUAUGGUAGUUUUCAAGAUGAUUAUGUUCUUUAUAGACUUCGUGAUGAUUUUGAUGAUCGUGAUCUUAAUGAUCUUUAUGAUUUGCGUGUUCGUCAUGUAUGCGGCUGUGAUUUUGAGUGA